UAUGUAAAUAUUUAUUUAUUUAUUUUUGUUACAGUAUAUACAGCGGCUGCAGUACCUUUAGCAAAUUUGAAGGACAAUCCACAUUUUACUGAUCUCUCCUAUGAUGAUGGCAAAGCUUGGCAAAUGGAAGAUAUAGAGGAACUAUCCAACAUUAAUUCGUUCUCAGAAGUUUCUAGAAACCCUGAGAAUAAUCGAUACCUUCUCUACACCAGACGCAAUCCUGAUGCCUCACAGACACUUCGACCUGGUAACAGCAACAGUAUCACUCUUUCAACAUUUAAUGUGAACAAUCCAGUUAUUGUAAUCGUUCAUGGCUGGCUUAGCAACCAACACACUGAUGAUAAUAUAUUUCUCAAAGAUACAUUCCUGGCGAAAAGUGACGUAAAUAUCAUUGUUAUGGACUGGAGUAGACUAGCUUCUUCUGGUUAUAUAACUGCUGUGGCUGGAGUACCUGCAGUUGGUCGUGGGUUAGGACAAUUCCUGAACUUCCUUAAUGGUGUCACUGGAGUAUCAUUUAAAAAUAUGCACCUAAUUGGCUUUAGUUUAGGAGCACAUAUAGUUGGUAUCGCUGGCAGAGAACUUAAUGGUGCAGUAGCACGUAUCACUGGCUUGGACCCGGCUGGUCCACUAUGGAAUCUUAAUUCUAACCGCCUCAGGGCAUCUGAUGCGGUUUAUGUCGAAGCUAUUCACACUAACGGUGGAGCUCUUGGAAUGGGAAUCGGGACUGCGAUAGCUGAUGCUGACUUCUUCGUUAACGGCGGAAACAAUCAACCCGGGUGCUUAACACCUAUAUGUAGCCAUAACCGUGCCUGGGAAUUUUUUGGUGCAAGUGUCAGUUAUAACCAUCUUUUGGGUAGAAAGUGCUCAAAUAUGCUUCAAGUGACUUUAAAUAGCUGCCGAGGUGAAGUUCUUAAUAUGGGCAAUGAUGACUUGAAUAAAAAAGGAACGGGGAUAUACAGAGUAAACACCCAAAGAGGAUACCCUUAUUAA